GUUUCAUCAGAGACCAGCUAAGCUCAAGACGGUGCCGUUACAAGAUUGCUCAAUGGUUGUGUCACCAGGAGGCUGGACUGCGUUUCAGCUCAACAUCACCGGAGCUCACUCACUCUCUGGCUCUCUGUGAGUGAGGCACUCUCUUUUUCUCUCUCCGUCUGUCCGUCUGUCUCUCUCUCUCUCCCUCCCUCAUGCCCCUUCUCUAUCUCUCUCCCUCUCUGUCUCUCUCAGUCAGGUCUCUGGGGAGUCAGGAUUUUCUCACCAAAAUUACACAGACCUCAGAGCCACGGACAUUCACUCUUUAAAACGGGACGCCGGUUGGAUUAUUACGAACAGUCGCCGUGAGUGAACUUUCAUUUCCAUCUCAACAACAAUGAGUUUCUCGCGGGGGAAUAUCGGUGCGCACUGUGCGUAAUUCCAUUUAAAUACACUAUCCUGAAAGACGCUACGCUGUCGUCUGUUGCCUUCAUGGUGAAUCGGUCCAUCAGGAUGAACUUGCAGUGGGGCAGUCCGGCACCUUGCACCCGCACCACCGUGAGAGUCGCGCACAAGCGGCUCGACUCGGAUGAUCAGCCGCCGGCGAAGUGCGCCAGGCUGAGCGCGGAGGCGGACACGCAGGGACUCCUCGGCACCUCUCCCGGUUCCCCGGUCAGCCCCGUCGCAACCCCUCUCUCGGCGACCCACCAGGGACCGUCCCGGAUAGGACCGUUUCUGCUUCUGCCUCUGUUGGACCGGGAGAGCAUGCACAGCGCGAUGAACACAGACACCGGCGAUGAGCUGCUGUGCAAGGUCUUUGAUAUGGGGGUAUAUCAGGAAAAGAUCAGAGCCUACGGGAUCCUUCCUGCCCACAAGAAUGUGGCAGGCAUCAGGGACAUCAUCCUUGGUGAAUGCAAGGCCUACGUGUUCCUAGACAAAGACUUUGGGGACAUGCACACUUUGGUGAAGAGCUGUCGCAGGCUUGACGAGGAGCACGCCUGCAGACUCUUCCGUCAGGUGGCCCUGGCUGUGGCGCACUGUCACCAGGCUGGGAUCGUGCUGGGCGACCUCAAGCUGCGCAAGUUUGUCUUUGCUGAUGAGAAAAGGACACAGGUGAGACUAGAAAGCCUGGAGGAUUGUCGCGUCCUGGAAGACCCAAACAAUGACUCCAUGUCAGACACCCACGGAUGUCCUGCUUACGUCAGCCCAGAGAUCCUCAGCGGAUCUGCGCCAUAUUCUGGGAAGAUGGCCGACAUGUGGAGCAUGGGCGUCAUGCUUUACACCAUGCUGGUUGGUCGUUACCCCUUCCACGACCCAGACCCAGCCACGCUGUUUACCAAAAUCCGCAGAGGCCAGUGCUGUUUGCCAGAAGGCUUGUCGCCCAAGGCCAAGUGUCUGCUCCAGAGCCUUCUGCGGAAAGAACCAUGGGAGAGACUCACGGCGAAUGAGCUGCUAGCUCAUCCAUGGUUCCAUCAGCCACCGUUAUCACAGGAAGUGACUCUGGGUGAACAGGAAGUCAGCUCAGCAGAACAGAUGGUGCCAUCCUUUGACGUGGAAGAGGACGAUAAUCUGUUCUGCUGACGAACUUUAUUAAGCUAAAUCAGGCUGAGGGACCAAAACAAACAUUGCUAUGAGGGAUUUUUUUUUUUUUACAUUGGCACUUUUUAGAGUCAUUUGUCUUCGGUUGUGUGUAUAUACAUCCUCUAGCUUUCUACAAAAACACACUGUACUGUAUUUUGUUGUUGUAUUUGUGUUACUUGCUAAGGGCAUUGCUCACAAUGAUCACCUCAUUGUGUUUCUAUACAUGUGUGUUUUUGAGAUUAUUUGGUGCUACAAGAAAUAAGGACUCAAAACUUGCCAGAUUAUGUUCACAAAAUAAUCUCCAUGGGCUACUAUGAAAGAAUCACAGAAAUGUCAUUCCUGGCAAACAGUGGUCACCAAUGCUUGGACUCAUAAAGCUGCAGAAUGCAUUGGAUUAAGCCUGAAAGGGAGGUAAGCAGAUCUGGAUGUUGUUCCUCUCACUCUCCGACCAGACUUGAGGCUCCACGGCUGACUCACCGACCGGCACGAGGAGGGCCGAGAACAAGCUUGACAUCUUGCAGCAAAGCAGUGACAGAGUGAGAAAGACGCUUUAGCAGAGGACUGAUGUGUCACACUCAGCAGGAAUCCACAAGUGUCUCACUGCCAAUCUGGCAACCUUUCAUCAAAAUGGAAGAGAUUUUACAAAUCUCACACCAAGCACAGAAGAAAGGCAGGGUGUUGCUGGUGUAGAGUGACUUUGUCCCACACGCACACACACUCACACUUACUAGUGACACCAGGCCAACAGUUAAAAUUAAAUAUUUCACUAUUUUUAAAAGCUCGCUGCAUAAUGAAUAGUUAAUGCAAAAGUUUCUUCCGAACAGGAGGUGUCUAUUAACAGGGUCAGACUGUACAAAUUUGACUGUGAUCAUUUUUGCUGGAAAGCUGUGGGAGCAAUUAGACACUGCUAAGCUCAACACUAAUGCUUCUAGUUUAAAAAAAAAAAAAAGAAAAAGAAAAAAAAAUACUGGGAGCAACUCUGUUUUGGGUUUUUUUUUUUUUUUUUUAAAGACCGUCUCCUGUGUCAGCUACAACAGAGGCAGGAGACAGUUUGAUCUCACUUAAGCCUGGAGGCAAUUUAAAAUAGACAAGGGCAAAGGGAAAAUGCAAAGAAUUCAAGUGGAACUGCCCUCUAAUGUAAAAAACAUUUAGUUUAGUGCAACAAUACUUGUAUACUUUAAAAGGAAAAAUCCAUGAAAUCCGAAAAAAAAAAAAGCAUUACCGAAAAUGAAGGCUCUCACAUUUGAGCGUUUGGAGCUGUUCUGUUCAUUUCUGUUGGAACAUUGUGUUGCUUUAACAAAGCCGAGCUGUGCUAAAUGUUGUACCCGUAUCACUGUUUCAUAAAUUGAGUGGAUCUGAAUCAGUCACUGUCAGGCGAUGUUUGAUGUUGGUUGUCUGACGAUGACUCAGCACUUGAGUGUGUCUGCAGUGAACGGUCCUGACCUUGACAGGAAAAGUCUGUUCUGACGCUUUCACCUCUUUAAUGGUACUGUUUAUAUAUUUUUUUUUUCCCCCUCCUUUUUUAUUUUUGUAGUUGAAAGCCAUGGAUUCAUGGAGACUAGUAAUCAUAGUUAGUGACAUGAUGUACCACGUGUCAUCCUGGACUGUGACAGGCGGAUGCAGCGUUUCAGGGACAUCGAGCCUUACAGGCUACUGCAAGUCUGCAGCCAGCUAUUUCAGUUUGAUACAGUCAAAUGGUAGACAUAACAUAUUGUUGCUGUUAGUUCAUUAUUUUCACUCAUCUGAGAAAACAGAGGGGAACAGACUUGUGAUAGUUUGGACCGCUUCUCGAAGAAAAGUAAUUUAAGAGGUUCAGGAUUUGUUUGUUCGGCUCACACAUUUAGAGUCACACGUUCAUGUGGCAUGUACAGUGAAUGGACAUGGGUGCACAAACUUAAUAUUGCACUGUGAAUUAUGUAUAUGUGACAGAACCUAGCGGCUUUUUUUUUUGGUCCACACAGGUGACACACAAGAGUUAUAAUCAUUGUAUAAAGGAUGUAAAUAUGUACUGUAUAUUUGAAAUAUGCGUGUUGAAUAAAGUUCACAUUUUUUCAUUUUCA